AUGUGUGGAAGUUCUGUUCACAUGCAGCUGGACACUGAACUGGAGGCUUCGCGGCUUCCGCCGCCUCAGCCCACUACUCCACUGAUGGCGCCUCUGCCGAUCACGCCUCCACCGCGGGCGCUGCUGCCGUCGCAGCCGCUACCGGCCGAUCCGGUCCAGUCACCUGCACUGGACAGACGCCUCUCAUUGCCGCCACGGCCCUACCUCCAGCCGUCGCCACCACCGCCGUGUUCCUCCACGUUGCCGGAACCAAUGGACGGUGAGGCUGUCAUCACGGCGCCGCCGUCGUCUCCCAUGGAAGUCAUUGCUCCGCCUCCUCAUCCGAGCUUACCCAGUGACGGUGACGGGCUGGGCAGGUUUUCCAAGGGGUGGUUACCUCGACCCCUCACGAGCAAUGUGGGGACGUGGGUGGACAGCGCACCCCGGCAGUUCCGCUGUCCGUCCCAUCAGUUGCGCCGUCGCUGGGUCUCUCCACCCGCCGCCAGAACCCCUACUCAACGACGGUGCUGGAUGAGAUCUAAGUCGGGGUGA